AAAGCAAGGUCAUGGAGAUGCAGAAUGCAGGAAGAAGAAGACCACAGAUUUGGAAAUUGCUUUAGAAGGAAAGGACGCAGGAUCUUUGCCACGCAAAAUUGAGGUCAAGAAUAAGGAAAGGAUAGACCAGAGAUUGGGGAAAGAUUCCACAAGAUUUGCAAGAGACAUCUAA